AUGGUCGAAUUAAGCAUGAAGGCAAGGUCUCUUCUCUUGGCUGUGGCUCUAACAGCGGUGGUGGUAGUCAUGGCUGCAGCUGAGGCAAGGGAGGUGAAGAAGGUACUCAAGGCAACACUCGGCUACUCAGGAAACAGCAUCGAGAACCAUCACAAUAUACCCAGAGAACAGUUCGGUGGCGGCGGCGGAAACAGCUAUGGAGGUUCCACAGGGCAGCUCCCUCCCUAUGGAGACGAAGGAGGUGGCCAGGGCAGUGGAAGUGGAGGCACCGAUUAG